CCCAGACAUCCACGAGAUAAAUCAACACUUUCGUCCCAACUUCAGAACAAUACCUACUACCUAGUAAUCAUACCUCCAGUCUCCAAGACACUUUACGAAACACCGUCAAAAUGGUCCGCAUCACCUUCCUCGCUUUCCUCUCCGUCGCCGUCCCGGCCCUGGCCAUCUCUGCCGACCCCGCCGGCGCAAAGAACGUCGGCAACGGCAAAGGCAUCCAGUUCAUCGGCGGCCAGUGUCUAAGCUCGGCCGACUGCGCCUCCACGUGCUGUGCUACCGUCACGGCCCAGAAUAUCGGCCUCUGCUCUGGUCUCGGCGCACAGUUCCAGGCUGGAAAGGCUGGCUGUGGGUUCGGUGAUGGGGCGGCGGCGCAGGCGGCGAAUGCUACUGAGACUGAUUAGAUGAAUCUGUUAUUGGUUGGGUGGUAUUUCGUUGAGUGACAUUUCGUCGGGUUGGAUGAUGGGGGCUGUCGUGUUUAGAAUGACGCAACAGAUUGGCGUCAGACGAACGUAAUGAACUGUGCCUAUGGGGCGUAAUUGAUAGUGGGCGAUGG